AUGGCGCCCCUCUGCAAAUUCUGGCAACAAGGAAACUGCCGAAAUGGAUCCAACUGCAGAUUCGAACAUUCCAACGCGAACUCGAAUCCCUUUGGAGCUCCCAGCGCCAAUACAAAUCGGUUCGGGGCCUUGAGUUCUGGUUCCAACAAACCCCAGGACAUGUCGAAUCCCUACAAGGUCACCAAGGAUAGCAUCAAAGUCGACCUCGCAGACGAACGCCCGACAUGGAUCAUGUCAUGCUAUGGUCCGGGAAGAGACGCGCCCGAGCAGCUGUUUGGAGGAUAUCCACGAGAGCAAAGUCUUGAAGAGGUCAUGAUGUAUAUAAGGGGUUCGGAAAACCAGCAGCAAGCUAUGACAGAAGUCAUGGGUCUCUACAAUCAAGCGGAGCAGCAAAUCCAGACAACCCUGGGCAAUCUUGACGGCGCAGUACAGUUCGUGUUGGCCGGCGAGAACAACCAUCCAAACCGCAUAGAUAUUUGCAAGCAGAACGCCGUAGCGGGCGGUACUAGCGGCGCCUUUGCGAGGGAUAGCGUCCAAGGCGGCUUCUCGUCCAAUCCCCUUAUCUCGGCUCCCAGUACCAACCAGAAUCCUUUCUCGUCGGCUCCGCAGGCCAGCCCGUUCGGAGGAGGGACACCAUCGUUUGGCCAGCCCUCAGGCCUGGGACAGAAUCCCAACCCGUUCGGCGGCGCACCGUCUUCGUCCCAGUUCGGCCAGCCCUCUCAGAUGGGCGCCACCGCAUCCGCGUUCGGGCAGUCUUCGCAGAUGGGUGCCGCUGCUCCAACGUUCGGCCAGGCGUCGCAGGUUGGCGCCAGUGCUCCUGCGUUCGGCCAGGCGUCGACUUUGGGUCAGAAGCCGAAUCCGUUCGGCGCAGGUUCCUCGGGACCAUCUGGCUUUGGUCAAGCUGCUCAGACUCAGAGCGCGUUUGGCCAGCCUUCGUCGUUGGGACAGAACCCAAACCCGUUUGGUAGCGCAGCUGCUUCUGCAUCACCUGCCCCUUUUGGUCAACAGCCUGCUGCAGCUACAUCAAGCCCCUUCGGUCAGCCCGCUGGGCCUGCUUCAUCUUCCCCAUUUGCCCAGCCAGCAGCCGCAUCAUCUAGUCCUUUUGGCCAGCCAGCAGCUUCGUCAUCUGGUCCUUUUGGCCAGCCAGCAGCUUCGUCUUCCGGCCCCUUUGGUCAGCCGGCAGCCAGUAACCCCUUUGCGCAACCAACGCCGGCGUCGAACGACCAGUCCAUGGAUACUUCAGCACCUGCUCCCGGUGCUAGUAAUCCAUUUGGCCAACCGUCGAGCUCUGGUCACCAGGCGAACAACGCAUUUGGGGCGCAGCCAUCCGGUUGUGGCACGGCGGCACCUAGCAACAGCAAUCCCUUUGGACAGCCUCAAACACAACCACGGCAACCACAAGCCGGGGCUGCCUCAACAGCGAAAAGCGGUCCAUAUCCGCCGGGAAGUACGAAACAACACCCGCCCAUUGAGAAUUAUACAACUCAAGACAUGAAUGGCCGGAUAAGCUCGUUCAAUGGCCGGCCGGUGAUGUGGAAAUGGAAGGUAGAUGACAAAUACGUGGACUCCUUACCCCCAGUGGACCCAAGUCAGCAGCAGAGGGACGCAAAGGAAGGCAGGAGGCGGGACCCCCCUGCACAUGUACCUGGCAUUCGCAAGCCGGACGGGAGCUGGAUGAAGGUGUUUUUCCCCAAUGGACCCCCUGCCUACAAUGAGGACACGGAACCGGACCCAGCCGAGUACGAAGGUGUUAAGGCCGCUUAUGCUACUAUGGCGGCCACGGGAAGAUUUGAAGGGGACGUGCCGGAAGUACCGCCCAUGAGAGAGGACUGCAUGUGGACUUUCUGA